AUGCCAUCCUCCGUUUGCCGUCUCCAUCUUUCAAAGCUUUCCGCCAUAGUUCGAACCCUCGGCCAUUUCAAUGCUUCUUCUCUGGCACAACCGAAUUUGGAAUUGCUUCAAGGCUGUCUCCGAAGGCCAAAUCCGAUUCCAGUCCUAUCGAAAGCAUUUAAUGUAUACAGCUGUAACGUUGAGAUAACAAAUCUCGGCCGCUAUGGCAAAGUCAAAGAAGCAAGGAAUCUGUUCGACCAAAUGCCUGAACGGGACGCUGUCUCUUAUGCUUCCAUGAUUAACGUUUACUUGAAGAACCACGAUCUUCCCAAUGCAGAGAAGCUCUUCCAGACGAUGCCCACAAAUAGUCUUGUUGCUGAAUCUUCAAUGAUUAACGGCUAUGUGAAAUCUGGUCAUAUAUAUGAGGCUCGUAAAGUUUUUGAUCGCAUGGAAAACAGAAAUGUGUACUCUUGGACCAGUUUGAUUUCUGGGUAUUUCAGUUGCGGACAAGUUGAGGAGGGUCGCCGGCUUUUUAAUCAUAUGCCUGUCAAAAAUGUGGUCUCCUGGACUAAUGUGCUUCUGGGUUAUGUCCGCAACAGCAUGAUUGAUGAAGCUCGCCUUGUUUUUGACCUUAUGCCUGAAAGGAACACCGUCUCGUGUACCGUUAUGAUCAAGGCUUUUGUUGGGAAUGAUCAAUUAGAUGAGGCACUUGAUCUCUUCAAUAAUAUGCCGCAACGUAACCUAUAUACUUGGAAUAUCAUGCUCUCAGGUUAUCUAAAUGCGAAUAGAGCAAGUGAAGCCAUUGAACUCUUUAAUUCAAUGCCUCAAAGGAACGCAAUAUCUUGGACAACUAUGGUUACCGGUCUGGCAGACAACAAUAUGGUUGAACUUGCCAGGGGGUACUUCGAUCGGAUGCCUAACAAAGAUGUAGCCGCUUGGAAUGCUAUGAUCACAUCAUAUGUUCACGAAGGCCUCAUGACAGAAGCUAGUGAGCUGUUCUAUUUGAUGCGGGAAAGGAAUAUUGUUACUUGGAAUGUGAUGAUUGGUGGUUAUGCCAAAAGUGGGUCCAGAGGGGAAGCCUUAAAGCACGUAAUUCUCAUGCUUCGGUUUUGCUUUAGGCCUAAUGCAACUACCAUCACUAGCGAAUGGAGAUGUUACCUCUGCUAG